CAACGUUAUAAACAACCAGCACCUUCCCUUUCACCAAAGCCCAAACCAACUUCCCUGUCUCUCAUUUCAUUACAAUAUUUCAGAUCCAGAAACUCCGAUCACCGCCAUGACCACCAGCGCCAAAGUCCACGUCUUGGUCUUCCCCUACCCUGCACAAGGCCACAUGCUCCCUCUCCUCGACCUGACCCACCAACUCGCCACGCGCGGCGUCUCCAUCACCAUCCUUGUCACCCCCAAAAACCUCCCCAUCCUCGACCCCAUCCUCUCCAAACACCCCUCAAUCAAAACCCUAGUUCUCCCUUUCCCUCCCCACCCCUCCAUCCCUCCCGGCUUCGAAAACGUAAAAGACCUCCCCAUCCACGCCUUCGUUUCCAUGAUGUGCGCCUUGCAUGAUCUCCACCGCCCCAUAGUCGAGUGGUUCAGGUCCCACCCCGACCCUCCCGCCGCAAUCAUCUCCGACAUGUUCCUCGGCUGGACCCACCACCUCGCUAAAGAACUCGGGAUUAAAAGGUUCGAGUUCUCGCCGUCCGGGGCGCUCGCGCUCUCCGUUAUUUACGGUCUGUGGCGGAACAUGCCUAAAAAAGACGACCCUAAUGAUGAGAGCCAGGUGGUCUCCUUCCCGGAGGUUCCGAAUUGUCCGAAAUACCCCUGGUGGCAGCUCUCCACCGUGUACAGGUCGUACGUGGCGGGAGACCCGGUUUCGGAAUUUAUUAAAGAAGGGUUUUGGGGGAAUAUGGAGAGCUGGGGGCUGGUGGUGAACUCGUUCACCGAGCUGGAGCGAGUUUAUUUGGAGUGUUUGAGGAAGGACUUGGGGCACGAUCGGGUUUGGGCCGUCGGGCCGCUGCUCCCUCCGGAAAAUGAUGACCAGCCCAGGCCCGUACAGAGGGGCGGGUCCGGUUCGGUUUCGGUGGAGGAGAUAAAGUCGUGGCUGGACGCGCGGGAGGAUCGGACGGUGGUUUACGUUUGCUUUGGGAGUCAGGCGGUGCUGACCAACGAUCAGGUGAGGGAGCUGGCGUUGGGGCUGGAGAAGAGUGGGGUCCAUUUCGUCUUGGGUGUGAAGGAGCCCACCAAGGGAGGACACGUGGAGGGUAGGGAUUGCGCGAUGCCGCAAGGUUUUGAACAUCGAGUAGCGGGGAGGGGGCUCGUAAUCCGAGGGUGGGCGCCUCAAGUGGUGAUUUUGAAGCACAGGGCCGUCGGUGCAUUCUUGACACAUUGCGGGUGGAACUCUGUGCUCGAGGGGGUCGUGGCGGGCGUGGCGUUGCUGUGUUGGCCAAUGGGGGCGGACCAAUUUAGCAACGCCACAUUGUUGGUGGAACAAUUAAAAGUAGGGAUUAGGGUUUGCGAGGGUGCACGGACCGUGCCCGACGCAAAUGCGUUGGCACGAGCUGUGGCGGAUUCGGUGAGUGAGAAGCAUGUCGAGAUCAGGGAGCGAGUGAAGGCGCUGCGUGAAGCGGCAUUAGAGGCCGUCAGAGAGGGCGGAAGUUCAGUGAAGGAGUUGGACGGGUUGGUGGAUCAUUUGGCUACAUUACAACCAGAGUUAAGUAAUAACUUGCAAUCCAAGCAAAAUGGAAAUUGAAGGAAAAGUUUGUUUCGAUUAUAAUAAUUCAAAUCUCAUAACAACAGUACCAUAAUUUAUGUGGGCCUUCCUGUCUUUUCUUUUCAAUAUUUGAGACUUUUUCCUUGACUUA